GAAUCAGGGUUGUGGAGUAUCUAGUAAUAGAUGCAGUAAUAUAGUACAAUACUAAUGUAUACAGUGUGUGUGUUAGAGCGUCGAUCAGAUUCCCAGAUGUGUUACAAACAAUAUAUGAUGGAAAUGAAAUGAUGAAGCUGAAGCUGUGAUGCAGGUUUACUGAGUGCAGCUGGAGAUGAGAUGGUCACACUGCAGGAAGUGGAAGGAACCACUAUAACUCUCCAUACUGGGAUUACUGGAAUUCAGACUGAUGCUCGGAUAGAUUGGUUUUAUGGACCUGAGAAAGCAGAAGAGAUUAUAUUGAACAGUCAGAUGUUUAAAGGAGAAACUGUUACAGAAAUCAGUGAGAGAUUUAAAGAGAAACUGCAGCUGAACAGAACCAGUGGAGCUUUAACCAUCAGGAACAUCAGCAGGAACCAUUCUGGAGUUUAUUUAUUACAUGUCAUUACUGAAGAUCUCUACUCUAGGACUUUCAGAGUCAGUGUUUAUGAUAAGUGUUGUGAUGCAGGUUUACUGAGUGCAGCUGGAGAUGAGAUGGUCACACUGCAGAAAGUGGAAGGAACCACUAUAACUCUCCAUACUGGGAUUACUGGAAUUCAGAGUGAUGCUCAUAUAGUUUGGUUUAAUGGACCUGAGAAAGCAGAGAAAAAGAUAUUGAACAGUCAGAUGUUUAAAGGAGAAACUGUUACAGAAAUCAGUGAGAGAUUUAAAGAGAGACUGCAGCUGGACAGAAGCAGUGGAGCUUUAACCAUCAGGAACAUCAGCAGGAACCAUUCUGGAGUUUAUUUAUUACAAGUCAUCACUGAAGAUCUCUCAUCUAGGACUUUCAGAGUCAGUGUUUAUGCUCCAGUAUCAACUCCAGUAAUAAAUCUAAAAGGAAAAAGAAGUGGGUUCUCCACAGAGUCGUGUUCCCUCUUGUGCUCUGUGGAGAAUGGAGAAGAUGUGAAAUUAUCCUGGUACAGAGAGAAUGAGAGAAUCUCCAUCACCAAUAACACAGAUCUCAGUGUUCCCCUCAAUCUCCCACUUCAAAUACAACACCAUGAGAAGAACACGUAUAUCUGUGUGUCUGCAAACCCUGUCAGCAAUAAAACUACUUCUCUCAGCAUCACACAGCUCUGUGUUCACAACUCAGGACAAUCAGAGCGUUCUCAUUCACUGCUUCCUGUCCUGAUAUCUGCUGGAGUUUUACUGCUUGUCAUAAUAACAGGAGGAUUUUUGUGGAUUUGGAAACACAACAAGUGUGUAAAUAAACUGGAGGAACUGAUUUACACUGAGGUGAAAAUUACAGCUCACAGUGCAGAGAGAAGUCAAAAGGAAGAACAUUCCAGAAGAACGGACCAUCCAGAGCAGGAUACCUUCAUUCUCUAUUCAGUGAUGAGACUUUGUGAUGCAGGUUUACUGAAUGCAGCUGGAGAUGAGAUGGUCACACUGCAGGAAGUGGAAGGAACCACUAUAACUCUCCAUACUGGGAUUACUGGAAUUCAGACUGAUGCUCAUAUUGUUUGGUUUUAUGGACCUGAGAAAGCAGAAGAAAAGAUAUUGAACAGUCAGAUGUUUAAAGGAGAAACUGUUACAGAAAUCAGUGAGAGAUUUAAAGAGAGACUGCAGCUGGACAGAAUCAGUGGAGCUUUAACCAUCAGGAACAUCAGCAGGAACCAUUCUGGAGUUUAUUUAUUACACAUCAUCACUGGACGUCUCUCAUCUAGGACUUUCAGAGUCAGUGUUUAUGAAAUCAGUGAGAGAUUUAAAGAGAGUCUGCAGCUGAACAGAACCAGUGGAGCUUUAACCAUCAGGAACAUCAGCAGGAACCAUUCUGGAGUUUAUUUAUUACAAGUCAUCACUGAAGAUCUCUCAUCUAGAACUUUCAGAGUCAGUGUUUAUGCUCCAGUAUCAACUCCAGUAAUAAAUCUAAGAGGAAAAAGUAGUGGGUUCUCCACAGAGUCGUGUUCCCUCUUGUGUUCUGUGGAGAAUGGAGAAGAUGUGAAUUUAUCCUGGUACAGAGAGAAUGAGAGAAUCUCCAUCACCAAUAACACAGAUCUCAGUGUUCCCCUCAAUCUCCCACUUCAAAUACAACACCAUGAGAAGAACACGUAUAUCUGUGUGUCUGCAAACCCUGUCAGCAAUAAAACUACUUCUCUCAGCAUCACACAGCUCUGUGUUCACAACUCAGGAGAAUCAGAUGGUCCUCAUUCACUGCUUCCUGUCCUGAUAUCUGCUGGAGUUUUACUGCUUGUCAUAAUAACAGGAGGAGUUUUGUGGAUUUGGAAACACAACAAGUGUGUAAAUAAACUGGAGGAAGUGAUUUACACUGAGGUGAAAAUUACAGCUCACAGUGCAGAGAGAAGACAAAAGGUAAAGAUUGAAAUAAAUGAAAGUUUUAGAAAUUAUCCUGACAUUUUACUGUUGUGUCUUACAGAAAGAACAUUCCAGAAGAACAGACCAUCCAGAGCUGGAUACCUUUGUUCUUUAUUCAGUGAUGAAGAUUGCAUAAUGUCAAAUAAAACAUACAUUUUAUUGUAAAUAUUUUAAAUAAUUUGGUCAUAAAUGCGUUGAAAGUUUAAUAGAAUUUGUAGAACAUGUACGUUAUGUUUAAUAGCCUGUAAUUUCCAUCCUUUAAGAGAUUUCUGUAAUAAAUUGUUUUGCUGGUGUUUAAACUUCUGCUCACUAUUGUCUUUCAAAAACUUAUGUUUAGCAAAAUAUAACGUGGGGAAAAUGGCAGACUAAUGAAUAAUAUACUGAAUGACAUAAACACAUGUGAAGCCACUUUCAACUAUUUAGUUUUCUUUAUCUGUUUAUUUUACUAUACAAUAAAAAACUGACAGUUA